GGUUAAAGAACCUUUUUAAAUAAUAUAUAUGGCUAAUUGUUAAAUAAUAUAUAUAGCUAAACAGAGAACAGGUCCAAAAGACUCGCCUUCUCAAUACAAUUCAACGAGGAUCAACAAACUCUACUUUCUUCAAUAAUACGACCGACAGAUUCAAUAAACUUUUGUCUCUAUUUAGCAACGAUAAGCAAAAAUUCCGAUUUGAGAGCAUCACGAUCCUUUAAUAAAAAGACAUCGCACCUCAAUUCUUCAGUCAAUCAUUAUCCAAUUUUAAUUAAUUCUAAUCCAGGAGUAAUCUUCGCGAUAGUGUCUUGCGUAGGUAACACGCGCUGUCAUUGAAAGUGAUCUACUAUUAUUGAAACACGUGCUCUGUGAUCCAUCGCGCUUAGAUUUUCGCUCGCGAAUCUCGUUCAACUUUCGCAACAUGUCCCAAGACACGUUUGUGUUUAUCGUGUCGAGAAUACGUAGCAUCCUGUAAGAAUCCGCGUAGUGAAAUAUAAUAAUUGAGAAGUCGCGCGAAACAUACGCAGAAGCGCGAAGAUGCAGGAGCAACAUGACGCGUGUCAGGGCGAAUUUUACACCGCGGCCGCGAAAUACUGGGAUCGUAUUCCGCCCACGGUGGACGGGAUGCUGGGCGGUUUUGGAUUUGUUUCGCAAACCGACAUCAAAGGCUCCAUGGUUUUUCUGAGGUCCCUUUUCGAGUUAGAAAAUGCGCCCGGCAAGACAUUUGCCUUAGAUUGUGGUGCUGGUAUUGGCAGAAUCACCAAGAAUUUAUUGAUAAAACACUUCAAACACGUGGAUCUUGUUGAACAGAAUCCAAAGUUCCUUGAAGUAGCAAAGAUUUCUCUGGAAAAUCAUUCAUCAAGGAUUGGACAAUAUUAUCCUAUUGGUUUACAAAACUUUUGCCCUACGGCAAGCAAGUAUGAUGUCAUAUGGUGUCAGUGGGUGUUAGGACACCUACAUGAUGAACAUUUGAUUGAAUUUUUUAAGAACUGCAUAUUGGGCUUAAAAGAUAAUGGUAUACUUGUGGUAAAGGAAAAUAUUACUAGCUCGAAUAACUUGGAGAUUGAUACAGAGGACUCCUCUGUAACCAGAUCACUGAAGGGCUUGAAAUCUUUGUUUGAAAAGGCUGAUCUUGUUUGUAUCAAGGAGCAACAGCAGACUAAAUUUCCCCGCAGUUUAUAUCCAGUUUAUAUGUUUGCUCUUAAACCAACAAAUCGUUGCAGUGAACUAGUCAACAAUGUAUAAUGUACAAAAUUAAGUUAUUUUGUUUUCUAAUAUAGCGUACCCUAUAAAAAUGAGGUAGAUCAAUACUUAAUUUAUUAUAUAAGAAUUAAAUUAUUUUAUUUUUUUAAAAUUUGUAUUUUUUUAUAAAGAACUUACGCGCGCGCGAGAUAAAGGCUUCCAAAUUAUGUAGAAUAAUUCACAAGAACAAAAUUAAUACUGUUGCGCUUUGUAUGUCUAUUGUCUAUAAUCGCGGCAUCUCUGAUUAAAAUUCACGCUUUCGCGGUUAAAUGAGAACACAUUCAAAACAAAAAAUGUCUAAUGAAAGAAUAUUAAUCAUAAGUAUAUCCAAGAAAUUAA